AUGGAAAACUUCCUCCAAGUCGUUCAAGAUUGCGACAACUUUCCCUACCCGGAAGACCCCGUCUACGAUAACCGCACAAGCACGCUGUGGAAGUUCUACCUCCCCGACGAUGACCGACCCCACGGACUCCUGACCGACGACAUCGUCCACGCCAUGCCCUGGACGCCCGACUUCGACAUCACAACCGAGCCGGAGAAGCAAGUCCGCCUGCGCCGUCCCGCGGGGCCGGACUGGCAGGCCCAGUGCACCCAGGUCCUGGCGCACCAGAUGAACCGUGCCCGCGAACUCGGGGUCUUCCCCGAGCUCGGUCGGACCCGCGGGGAGGUGUUUCCCAUCGUGGGGGCUCAGUUCCCGGUCGCCAUUGAUCGCAGCGAGUUCUCCAUGUGGGGGAUCAUUGGGCAGGGGGUGCACAUGACGGUCUACACGCGUACGGUCGCAGGGUACCAGUUCUGGAUCCCGCAGCGCAACCCCAACAAGAAAACCUACCCGGGGCUCCUGGAUAACGCGGUCGCGGGCGGGAUGGCUAUUGGAGAGACGCCGUGGCAGUGUCUGGUCCGCGAGGUCGAGGAAGAAGCGGGCAUGACGGCGGCCCGGGUGCAGUCGGACGCUCGCGCGGCGGGGACCGUGACCUGGAUGAAUGUUAGUGAUGUACGCGCCUCGGGACCGGUAGGACUCAUCAAUCCCGGGGUGCUCUUCGUGUAUGAUAUGGAGAUGGGAGAGGAAGAGGUUUUGCGACCGGUGGACCAGGAUAUUUGGCAGUUCCAUCGCAUGGGGGUGGAGUUGGUGAAACAGGCGCUGCUGGAGGGACGGUUUAAACCUAGCAGUGGUGCUGUCAUGCUGGACUUUCUGAUUCGUCAUGGACUACUCACUGCUGAACAGGAGCCUGACUAUGCGGAGAUCGUGGCCAGGCUGCACCGCAAGCUGCCUUUGCCGUGUGGUCCAUAG